CGCGCUGGCUGGAGCCACAACCACCAGCCGAGCAGGGACUGGUGGGCUUUUUAUACGCCGUGGAGCCCAUCCCCACUCUGCCGCGACAUGCUACAUCCCCUAUGCGUGUACCAGCCCACACACACUCCACCAAACCCCGCCGUGUUGUUCGCAGAGCCGGAGAGAGAUGACGGCGCGGAGAGACGCCGAGCAGCCGCUCAGCAGCUCUCGCCUCCCGGAGAGGAAGGGAGCGGCGGAGCGGGCCAAGCCUAACCCCGACUGGUUUUAUCUUUCCCCCCGACAGGAGCCGGAGAAAGGGCCGGGGUCCGCCACGGGAAUCCACGCACAUGUGGUGGGGGCUGUCGCCGGCUCCGGCGCUGCAGACGAGUCCUCUGACAGCGAAGCGGAGCAGGAAGGCCCGCAGAAACUCAUCCGGAAAGUGUCCACCUCAGGACAGAUCAGGACCAAGACGAGCAUAAAGGAGGGAUUGUUGCUGAAACAGACCAGUUCGUUCCAGAGGUGGAAAAAGCGUUACUUCAAACUGAGAGGCCGGACGCUCUACUACGCCAAAGAUGCCAAGUCCCUCAUCUUUGACGAGGUCGACCUAUCGGAUGCCAGCGUUGCAGAGUCCAGCACAAAGAAUGUCAACAACAGCUUCACAGUGAUCACUCCGUUCCGUAGGCUCAUCCUCUGUGCCGAGAACAGGAAAGAGAUGGAGGACUGGAUCAGCUCGCUGAAGUCCGUCCAGUCCAGAGAGCAUUACGAGACGGCACAGUUUAAUGUGGAACAUUUCUCAGGGAUGCACAACUGGUACGCCUGCUCCCACGCACGGCCCACCUUCUGCAACGUCUGCAAAGAUAGCUUGUCUGGGGUCACGUCUCACGGCCUCUCCUGCGAAGUGUGCAAAUUCAAAGCCCACAAACGCUGUGCUGUCAGAGCCACUAACAACUGUAAAUGGACAACGCUGGCCUCCAUAGGGAAGGAUAUUAUUGAGGAUGAGGAUGGGAUUGCUAUGCCUCACCAGUGGUUGGAAGGCAACCUGCCUGUCAGUGCCAAGUGUGCCGUGUGUGAUAAGACAUGUGGCAGCGUGCUGAGACUGCAGGACUGGCGCUGCCUCUGGUGUAAAGCUAUGGUGCACACAGCCUGUAUGGACCUGUACCCUCGCAAGUGUCCUCUGGGUCAGUGCAAAGUCUCCAUUAUUCCCCCUACGGCGCUCAACAGCAUCGACUCUGAUGGCUUCUGGAAAGCCACCUGUCCCCCGUCCUGUGCCAGUCCCCUCCUGGUCUUUGUCAACUCCAAAAGUGGAGACAACCAGGGAGUGAAGUUCCUGCGACGCUUCAAGCAGCUCCUGAACCCGGCGCAGGUCUUUGACCUGGUCAACGGGGGGCCGCACCUCGGUCUGCGCCUGUUUCAGAAGUUCGACAACUUCCGGAUCCUGGUGUGUGGAGGAGACGGCAGCGUGGGCUGGGUCCUCUCAGAGAUAGACAAACUCAACCUGCAUAAACAGUGCCAGCUGGGGGUGCUGCCUCUGGGAACGGGCAACGACCUGGCUCGGGUGCUCGGCUGGGGCCCUUCGUGCGACGAUGACACCCAGCUGCCCCAGAUCCUGGAGAAGUUGGAGCGGGCCAGCACCAAGAUGCUGGACCGCUGGAGCAUCAUGACCUACGAGAUUAAGAUCCCACCAAAACACAGCUGCCCCACCACGCCUGAGGGAGCCGACGACUGCCAGUUUCACAUUUCCGCCUAUGAAGACUCCGUAGCUGCUCACCUCACAAAGAUCCUCAACUCUGAGCAGAACUCUGUGGUCAUCGCCUCCGCCAAGAUCCUGUGUGAAACAGUGAAGGAUUUUGUUGCCAAAGUGGGGAAAGCUUACGAGAAAAGUACAGAGAACGCUGAGGAGUGCGACACGAUGUCUCUCAAAUGUGCCAUCCUGAACGAGAAGCUAGAAUCCCUCCUGCAGACCCUCAACACAGAGUGCCAGGCUCUGCCCUCGCUCCCCCACGCCACGCCUCCCAUCGUGGAGGAGGAGCAGGAGGAGGAGGAGGACGAAGAGGAGGAGGCCAGCGAGGAGAGCCUGACGGAGCUGAAGGAGAAGCUGGAGGAGGAGGAGACGGAGAAAGGGCGACGAGGAGCUCCGCACCAGCUGUUCAAAAGCAGGGAGCAGAUGAUGCUGAGGGCCAACAGCCUGAAGAAAGCCGUCAGGCAGAUCAUCGAGCAGGCCGAGAGAGUGGUGGACGAGCAGAACUCUCACACGGACGACACCGAGCUGCCGUCUCCUGUAGAGUUCAGGAAGGACAGCGAGGACGAGAACAGAGACAGCGAGAAGGACGAGGACACCAAGGAGCUGGAGGCCGUCACAUCCGCUAAGAGUCCGUGCUCUCCUACGGAGACGAGGGUGAGCCGCAGCACGCAGUCCUACAACUCCUUCACCAUCACGCCGUUCACCACCAGCAAGGAGAACCUCCCGGUUCUCAACACGCGCAUCAUCUGCCCCGGCUUGCGGGCAGGUCUGGCUGCCUCCAUCGCCGGCAGCUCCAUCAUUAGCAAGAUGCUGCUGGCCAACAUCGACCCGUUUGGUGCCACGCCCUUCAUCGACCCUGACCUCGACUCACUAGAGGGCUACAUGGAGAAGUGUGUGAUGAACAACUACUUUGGCAUCGGCCUCGACGCCAAAAUCUCCCUGGAGUUCAACAACAAGCGAGAGGAGCAUCCAGAGAAAUGCAGGAGUCGCACCAAGAACAUGAUGUGGUAUGGAGUUCUGGGCACCAAGGAGCUGCUGCAGAGAACCUACAAGAACCUGGAGCAGAAGGUCCAGCUAGAGUGUGACGGCCAGUACAUCCCUCUGCCCAGCCUUCAGGGGAUCGCCGUGUUAAACAUUCCCAGCUACGCAGGCGGGACUAACUUCUGGGGCGGAACCAAGGAGGACGACAUCUUCUGUGCUCCGUCGUUUGAUGAUAAGAUCCUGGAGGUGGUGGCCGUGUUUGGGAGCAUGCAGAUGGCCGUGUCCAGAGUCAUCAAGCUGCAGCACCACCGCAUCGCUCAGUGUCGAACAGUGAAGAUUACCAUCCUGGGAGAUGAGGGCGUUCCCAUCCAGGUGGACGGCGAGGCCUGGAUCCAACCGCCUGGAGUCAUCAAGAUCCAGCACAAGAACCGGGCCCAGAUGCUCACCAGAGACCGGGCGUUUGAGAACACGCUGAAGUCGUGGGAGGACAAGCUGAAGUACGAUAAGCCUCCUCUGAGGCCUCACCUCUACCCGCAGCAGUCCGUGGACCUGGCCACCGAGGAGGAGGCCGCCCUGGUGCAGAUGUGCGCCCGAGCUGCAGAGGAGCUCAUUACAAGGAUAUGUGAGGCUGCGAAGACCAACGGGCUCUUAGAGCAGGAGCUGGCUCACGCUGUUAACGCUGCAUCCCACGCCAUCAACAAAACUCACCCCAAGUUCCCAGAGAGUCUGACCAGGAACACAGCUAUCGAGGUGGCCAGCACCGUCAAGGCUCUGUACAACGAGACCGAGUCUCUGCUGCUGGGACGAGUCUCUGUGCAGCUGGACCCGCCGGAGGAGGAGCAGCUGUCCGCCGCUCUGCAGACUGUGGAGCUGGAACUGGGCAAACUGGGAGAGAUCCCCUGGCUCUACCACAUCCUGCAGCCCAACGAUGAGGAGGACCACUCUCUGGGUUACGGCAAGAGGAACAGUCGCAGCAGCAUGUUCCGCAUAGUCCCCAAGUUCAAGAAGGAGAAGGCCACCAAGAAGACGAGUCCGCAGUCAGUGGAAAGAUGGGGCCCAGAGGAGGUGGGCGUCUGGUUGGAACAGCUGAGUCUGGGGGAGUACAGAGACACCUUCAUCCGACACGACAUCCGAGGCUCGGAGCUGCUGCACCUGGAGAGGAGGGACCUGAAGGAUCUGGGGAUAUCGAAAGUGGGUCAUAUGAAGAGAAUUCUCCAGGGAACUAAGGACCUGGCCAAAGCCUCGAUGGUUGACCUCUAACCAGGAGAGGGGAAACAAACUUUCCCCCUUUACAUCAGUGGAGCAGUUUGGCAGCACCGCAGGCAGAGAAGGAGAAGAAGAGCUGGGUUUAACCCCUCUGCUGAGAAAGCCUCUGAGAUGUUUUUAACAGGAAACAUUAGUGUGUUCGUCUAUGCUGUGGUGCCAAAAUGACAGCAGAGGAAGCGGAUGGAGAUGCAAAAGGAAGUCAUGGAUCUUCACAAAAACAAACAAACAAAAAAAAAAAAGCCAUUUCUAAGUUAAUAAUCAUUCAUAGCACACAAUCAGGUAUGCAACUAACCAUAUUGUUGACUUGUUGUUUGAGUUGUGAUAACAAACUAGUAGCAAAACCAGGACUUCCAUGAGUGUGGGGACUUAGCUUCAGUUCAGCUGGUAUAGUGUGUGUAAAGGUGAUGUUUAGUGGAUCUCUGCCUCAAAUCAGAGCUUCAGAUCAGAGCAGAGAAACACCACAGGAAGUGACAUCACAGUCCAGGUGGUCAUCUGAAGGUUGUGGUGUCAGUGGGAUACUGUCGCAUGCUAUGCUUGCUCGAUUUUUUAGAUAUGUUUAAUUGCAUGAUUAGUGUCUUGAUUUUUUUGUGUGCAAAAUAACACUUGAACAGGUUUUACAUGACUUAAGUAUUACGAUGCCAUUUGUUACUACUGAACGCAUCCUUUUUUUGGUCUAAAUCCAACUUUUUCUUUUCUAGCUUUAAUUUAUUUCGUUUGCAUGAUAAUGACGUGUCAAAGAUUUGUGCCAUAUUUUCAGUCAUUUA